CCAGCAGACGACACAGAGGAAAAGGGGAGGAAGUCAGGAAGCUGCCCUCCUGACUGUGCUGUCACAGCCGCUAUCAAAGAAAAGCACAGUUAAAUCUCAAACAGGCCUUUACCGGUGAAGAGUAAAACCCCCCCAAACCGCCACCGACAUGUCGAAGAGCACCGUGUCCGCCCGCUUCAGGCGAGUGGACGUGGACGAGUACGACGAGAACAAAUUUGUGGACGAGGAGGACGGGGGAGAAAACCAGCUGGGUCCCGACGAGGCAGAGGUGGACUCUCUCAUCAGACAAGGAAAUCUCAUGGAGGCUUUACAUGCUGUUCUGAAGAACCCACCAAUCAACACUAAGAACCAGAACGUCAAGGAACGUGCUGAGGGUUUGGUGCUAAAAGUGCUCAGUGCCUUUAAGAGCAGUGACAUUGAGAAAGCCGUGCAGUCUCUCGAUAAGAAUGGCGUGGACCUGCUGAUGAAAUACAUAUACAAAGGCUUCGAGAGGCCGUCAGAAAACAGCAGUGCGGUCCUACUGCAGUGGCACGAAAAGGCUCUGGCAGCUGGAGGAGUGGGCAGCAUCGUCAGGGUACUAACAGCCAGGAAGACGGUCUAAAAGAGGAGCGGAGGAGCAGUAUCACUCCACAUCACUGACAGAUACAGGGAGGAGCACUUUACCGUACUGUUCAUGUUAUAUAACAGAUGGCAUAGGGGCUAAAAGGAAAAACAGAUUUUUUAACCCAAUGUGAUCCUGCUGUGCUCAAAGCUGUACUUAAAUCUGGGUCACACUGUGUUAAAAAUGGGUUUUCUUGUUUCAUCCUAUGCAUGAUCACAGCCUACUAAAUUGUAUUCUUCACGGGGUGCUACAGAUAACUUCUCAUGUGUCUGUGCUGCUUCCUUGAUCUGUUUAUCUCCCAUCUCAAUGUCAUUUCUGUACAAUGUGCUCACUAUACGCCAGUGGUUCCCAACCUAAGAGUAGCAAUAUAAAUCUAUGGGGUCACAAUAUGACAGAAAAAACAGAUUACUGCUACAUAAAAUUAUGCUUUUUUUUAAAAAGAUUUUUUGUGGAUUACAAGAUAAUUUUUCCUCUCAAGACCUCUGAAAUAAUUCAGUUAAGACAUGGAAAAAAUCUUCCUUUUGUUUGAACUGUUCAAAACCAGUAGCUUCCCUUGUUUUAAGCCUAAGAGGUUGAGAACCACUGCUAGACACACUAUCUACACACUCGUAUGAACAAACACAGGCAUGACUUCUGAUAAUGUGUUCUCCACUGACUUCCACACAGACACACAGAAGGUCUCAGCUUUGUUUCACUCAGGAAACCUCUCUCUAUUUUUUUUAGUUUUCCACCACUCCCUCGUGUUUUCUCUCUGCGGUAGAGACUUCCUGAUGGAAUAAAAAGCCUGAUUCUCUGUCAGUAAAUCCUCUCAUUGCCUCUCACUGUAACACUUUAGCAGUGGGAGUCUCCUGAAAAGCACAGUCACAGAUGGAGGGGUGGUGGAUUUGCUCACAGGGGUCGUCAUCCCCCUCAUAUCCCCAUCCCCUGGGGAGGGUGGAGGAUGAAUAAAGAGGGGGGAGGGCUGGUGUUACUCAUCCACCCAACCGAUCUUUUCACGCUGCCUGCUGCCCCAGUUAAGGAUUACCCACGAUGCAUCUCCACCACCACUCUUAUUAAUCCCACUUUACUGUUCCCCACAUCCUGUUAAUGUCUGACUGUCUGAUGCACCCUCUGCUACUGUACAGAGCAUUAUGUGGCUCUGCUGGUACUGUUCAUAGGAGCUACAUUUAUUCCGUACUUUCAGGAAAAUGACAGCACCCUGAGAAUAAUUUCUAGGAUUUUUUUUUUAUUUUGGUAAUUUAACAGAAAAGAUAAUCUAGGAUUAUACACUUUCCUCUUUGUUUUGGUGUUGUUUUAUAGUUAUUUUUUUCUGCCUCAAGGCCAAACCCUACUCAAUCAAAAUUAAAUAUAAGGCUUAGUAGUUGCAGGAGAGCUGAAGAUAAUAUGUGAAUAUUUUGGUCUCUUUGCAAACAGAGAGGGAAUUUCACUUGAUUUAAAAAAAAUAGUUUGCAUGAUCCCAUUUUUGAGAUUUUGAGCGUUUUCUCAAGCAUUUCAUGCCUGUCUUUUGUACAUGUUUUGUGUCUGGAAAAAAACAAAAACAUAUGUGAUAUUUUUUCUUUUUUUGAAUCUGUUGAAAUUCAUGCAGUAGGAUUUUUAAAACAAAUCAUCCACACACAGUAUUGUCUUACAGUAGAAAGUCAUACUGUUAUGACCACAUAUAUUUUUAAUUCCCAUACAUUUUAUAUAAUGAGGAGUAAAACUGGAAAGUUCUAUCUGCCUUAUGAGGUGGAUUAUGUCUGUUGCCAAAUGAUAUAUUUUGCUUUCAUGGAAAUAAUGUGUAGUUCACAUUGAUGAUUUAGUUGCCCUUGUGUAUUUGAGAAUAAUUUUAAAGACAAAGUUGUGGAGUUAUAACCAUGUACAUUACAUAUGAAUAUAAAAGCAAAGUGUGUUACAAUUCAAAAAGUUGCUGUUUUGAAAGUAAGCAACCAUAAGCUUUGCUCCUCAUGUAGACAGUGUUACAGGGGAAUUCAGCUCCAACAUGGUGUUUUGUGUCUGUUCAUUUCAAAUUGAACACUGACUGAAGGUUACUCAUGGAUUUUCUCAGUGGACGUUGCUUUUAACCAAACACAAAAGCAUCGUCAGCAUUGCGUUUUACUCACGAGUUAUCAUGUUUGACAUUAGAUACCUUUUCUAAUGCAGUAACGGCUAGUUUUACAUGAGAACAUAAAGGAGAACUUCUCCUGCUUCAUGUUUUUCUAGUCAGAGAUGCUCUUCUAGCCAAGGGCAAGAAGACGAGGAAACAUACCAAACUGAUGUACAAACUGCCUUACUCGAAUAUUCCUUUUUUAUGUUUGUGCUUUUUUGACAAAAAAAAUAAAAGGUAUGAAUGCUGAUCAUA